CCAGCUGCAAAGGGCAUUAUAGUAUUUCACUCUCAUAAUACUCUCGUCACCGAAUCUUCUCUCAGAGAGAGAGAGAGAUGAAAAACUCCCUAUUUUAUCUCAUUUUCCUAACACCCUUUUUCUUUCUCUUUGAAUUCCAUGCUGAAGCUUCUCCCACUGGACCCUUGAUAAAACACCUGUCUUCUUUUCUCAAGUGGACACUGCCUUCUCCCAAACCACCUCAAACAGAUGAGAAUUUCAUUCAGUUUGAGAAUGGGUAUCUUGUGGAUACUGUUGUGGAGGGUGGAAGCAAGCUUGGUGUUGAGCCGUACUCGAUUCGGGUCUCCCCCGAAGGAGAGCUCUUCGCUGUUGAUGCCGUACAUAGUAACAUUGUCAAGAUAACACCACCUCUGUCCCAAUACAGCAGGGCGAGAUUGGUUGCUGGGUCAUUCCAGGGUCACUCAGGACAUGUAGAUGGGAGGCCAAGCGAUGCUCGUUUUAAUCAUCCAAAGGGUGUCACGAUGGAUGAUAAAGGGAAUGUAUAUGUUGCGGAUACCUUGAAUUUGGCCAUCCGAAAGAUAGGAGAAGCUGGUGUAACGACGAUUGCUGGAGGGAAAUCGAAUGUGGCAGGAUACAUGGAUGGGCCUAGUGAGGAUGCGAAAUUCUCUACCAAUUUCGAUGUGAUAUAUGUCAGACGUACCUGCUCCUUAUUAGUUGUUGACAGAGGCAAUGCUGCUCUUCGGCAAAUUUCUCUUCACCAAGAAGAUUGUGAAUACCAGGAUAGCUCAAUUUCUUCUUCAGAUAUCAUUAUGGUUGUUGGCGCAGUAUUGGUGGGAUAUGCUUCAUGCAUGCUCCAGCACGGAUUUGGACCUUCCUUUUCCUUGAAGCUGAUGCAGAAACAUGCCACAGAGAGCGAACUUCAAGACCCAGACACUGUAGAGAAGGCCACUCUUCUCGUUGAGACUCUAAAAGAGGACCCAGUUGCAGGUUGGCCAUCGUUUGGGCAGCUUCUUGUUGAUUUGUCUAAACUCAUAUUUGAAGCACUUGGCAGCAUCUUUCUCUACUACAUUCCUCUCAGCCUCCGACCUGGCAAGUAUAGGCAAGGUCUCUCUCCAAUCAAAGACACUCUCAUGAUGCCUGAGGACAAUGCUGACUCACCGCCCUUAGUGCAGAAAGUGAGAAGCCCGUCACCUCAUGAAACUCUGCAUGCUCCCAAUGCUACUGAUUACACCCAACAGAAGCCUCAGAAGAGCAGAACAGCCAUGUCGAAGGAUCCAUCUCUGACCAGUAAGCAUAGGUCUUCAAAGAGGCAGGACAUUUCAGAACUCCGUGGAUCUCCUGAGGCUCCCCAGUACAGCCAGUCCAGUUCAAAGAGCCAGAAAGACCGAAGCCGGCACCGUUACCAUGAUAAAAGUGGGGACGUGGUUUCUGGAGCCACAGGGGCAGAGCCAAAACCUAUUGAGAUGAAGUCAGUGGACUAUGACGAUCCAAAGUUUGAUCAUUACAACAUUAGGAGCAAGCGGUCUGAUGAUGAUCUCUUCCAUUUCUGAUUUCCUUGUUUAUGAUAGCUCUAGAUGUGGCUUUUUUUUUUUCCAGAGAGCUUGGUUGGUUUUGCCAUAUUUGAGCUUUUGAAAGUUGAGUAAUUUCCAAUCACAUACAGGUAAAUCUCAAUGUAGGAUUGAUCUUCAAGAGUCGAA